CUUUGCGAAAGACGUCAGGCAAAUUUCUAGUCAGCUGCGGCGCGCGCAACUUGCCGCGCGGCUCAACCAUGGACACGAAGAUGUCUGGCAAGAGUUUUCGAGUUAGCGAUGGAGAUUGGAUUUGCCCCGAUAAAAAGUGUGGAAAUGUGAACUUUGCUAGAAGAACAAACUGCAACAGAUGUGGGAGGGAAAAAACAACUGAAGCAAAGAUGAUGAAAGCUGGAGGAACAGAAAUUGGAAAGACACUUGCGGAAAAGAGCCGUGGUCUUUUCAGUGCUAAUGACUGGCAGUGUAAAACCUGUGGUAAUGUGAAUUGGGCUAGAAGAUCAGAAUGCAAUAUGUGUAACACCCCUAAGUAUGCUAAACUUGAAGAGAGAACAGGUUAUGGUGGUGGAUUCAAUGAGAGGGAGAACGUUGAAUAUAUUGAACGUGAGGAAUCUGAUGGAGAAUAUGAUGAGUUUGGUAGGAAGAAGAAAAAAUAUCGUGGGAAAAAUAUUGGUUCAGCAGCGGUUUCGGAAGAAAAAUCACAAGAAGGUGAAGUAGAGGAGGAAGAUGAGGAGGAUGAAGAAGAAGAUGGUGAUCUUUCGAAGUAUAAACUGGAUGAUGAUGAGGAAGGGGAAGAGGAAGAUGAAGAUGAUGAAGAUGCUGAUCUUUCUAAAUAUGAUCUAGAUGCCAGUGAUGAUGAUAAAAAAGCAAAACCAAUUAAAAAGAGUGGCUCGAAAUCUGGAUCUUCACGUUCUCGCUCAUCAUCCAGAUCUUCUCGCUCCACUUCAGGGUCCAGGUCCAGGUCCAGAUCAGGAAGUUCCUCCAGUUCCAGAUCAAGAUCCCGUUCAAGCUCCAGAGAUCAUGCCAGAUCACACAGGUCGAAAUCAAGAUCCAGCUCCAGGUCACCUAGGGGAUCAGCUUCACCAAGGAAAAGAUCCCGGUCCAGCUCCCGUUCUUCGUCGUCGUCAGUUGAGAGGAGCAAGAAACGAAGUCGAUCAGGAUCGUCAUCAUCUGGUGACCGAAAAAAGAGGCGAUCAAGAUCUCAGUCUUCAGAAAGAGCCCGCAGAUCAUCAUCUGGGUCCUCUCACUCUGGCUCCCGAUCUUCAAGUUCCAAAAAGAAAUAGGUUUAAAUCUGAUAUUUAGACCUAUCGAAUAUGAGGAAAAACUGCAUGAUCUGUGUUUUAAAAUAUGUCAUUGAAUCUUAUGUCAUCCUGUUUAAAACUGUCUUUGGUGAUUCUAUGGUGUAGAAUCAUUUCAAGUGUAGCUGUGGCAUUCUACCUAUAUGCAGCUAAUGUUCCUGGCCUCUUUAUAAGCAGUAAUCAUUUUUUUAUGUUUUAAUUUGAAGCAUGUUUGUCCAAAGCACCAACCACUUUCCCCCCCAAAAAAAUGCAUUAAAAGGCAAAAUUGUUAUAAUGUAUAUUUUUGCAUAUAUUUUUGAAACCUGUGGUAAAUAGAGGUGAUAUCUUACAUUGUUAGACUCAUGUUCAAGAAAACCUCUACUUUAAAAAUUAUAUGUUUUAAUUGAUCUAAUUGAUUCCAAAAAAUUUAAUUCCCACCUUUGUCAGAUUUAGUUCAUUUUAUCAGCACUGCCAUAUAUUAUAUGUACAAUAGUUUAAUGCUAGAUUCCUGAGAAGUUACCCAUUGCCCAUUCAUCUUCAAUGUUUUGAUUAUUAAGGUAAGUAUUUUUUGAGUUGCUUCCCUCACUUAAGCUUUGUGUGACUUAGAAUAGUUUGUUUUUUCACAGUCUUGGAGAUCUGGAUUUCUAAUCUUGGAUGUAUAAAAUAGCAAAAUUAAACAAAUAUAAUGGUCCUCAGUGAUUACUGCAGUGAUCCUUAUCCAGUUUACUGCAUUUUAGAAAAAAAUGAUCAGUAAUGUCCUUUUCAGAAACUUUGGAGGCAGUGGUAAUUAUGAUCUGAAAAUUAAAUUUUGUUUGAAAUAUUUUCAUCACAUUUUUUAAAAGUGGUGUUGGUGUUGCACUUCCCUCUGUGUGUUUUCAGUUUAAAUCAAGUGAAUCCCAUGCAUUUCUGUUUGUAAGAAGAGUUUGGGAAAUUACAUCUUAUUUUCUUUUAUAGUAUUAGCAGUGGUAACAUGGUUUGAUUUUAUUCAUUUUUUCAAUAAAAUGAUAGUGAAAAAAUGUAAUAAAAACCUGUCGGCAACCUAA